AUGCGCGAAUUCAAAGUGGUCGUGCUUGGCUCGGGUGGGGUCGGGAAGAGUGCUUUGACUGUGCAGUUUGUGUCUGGAUGUUUCAUGGAAAAAUAUGACCCCACCAUAGAGGAUUUCUAUAGGAAAGAAAUCGAAGUGGACAAUUCCCCAUGUGUUUUAGAAAUAUUGGAUACCGCUGGUACAGAACAGUUCGCUUCAAUGCGAGAUCUGUACAUAAAGAAUGGACAAGGAUUUGUAGUUGUAUACUCAUUAACCAAUCAUCAGACUUUUCAAGAUAUCAAGCCUAUGAAGGAAUUGAUAACUCGUGUCAAAGGCUCAGAACGUGUGCCUAUACUGUUAGUAGGCAAUAAAGCCGAUUUGGAACACCAACGCGAGGUUUCACAAGGAGAGGGCCAGGCGCUCGCGCAAAUGUGGGGCUGUCCAUUCGUGGAAGCAUCGGCCAAGAGUCGUACCAACGUCAACGAAAUGUUCGCCGAAAUAGUGCGUGAAAUGAACGUUAGCCCUGAAAAGAAAAAGGAUAAUUAUUGUUGUUGUACAGUGCUU